CGCAGGUUCGCCAUCUUCCUGGUGCCCCUUUUGCGCCAACGGGUUUAAGGAAGCCCGAAAUCCCGUUACCAGAUUUCCCAGUAACGCUCAAGGUCCUGGUUGCCCACCUUCCUAAGAGCAGAGGCUUUAUUAGAGCCGGAGCCGGGAAAGGGGCGGUGGGAGAAGCGCACUCCCCGCAGAGUGGGGAGCCUGACGAGGGGCUGGAUUCCAGGACUGACAUCAUGACCUGAGCUGAAGUCAGAUGCUUAACGAACUGAGCCACCCAAGCGCCCCUAUCCUCAAAUCCUACAUCCUGAUUUCCAAGGAACCGAUGGGCCCCUGUCGGGUUAAGGAACUGCAACACCAGAAACAGAAUUCUCAUCCUGAAGAGAGCCCUAGAGACGCUGGAUCUCAGAGCUCCAGAGUUCCAGAAUGGAGACAGUCCCAGAAAGGGGUAGAACCUAGAACUGCAGGGCAUACCAUGGCAGUUCUUUAUUUUCCUGUUGCGGUGUCGCUGUAACUGAACUAACCUGAGUUAGCUACUUGGCGAGUCACAGGUAGAAACUAUGCAGUUGUUAUGCAAAGGAAAAUUUGCAGCAAAUAAGGAGAUCAUGAGGAAUAACUUAACAAAACCAUAACUCCGUGAGAUGGUGGAUGGGUUCCUUUUAUUUAGAGAGGGAAUGAGGUUCCUUUUAUUUAGAGAGGGAAUGAAUAUUUAGAAAGGGGAUCCUUGUCAUCGUAUGUAGAGCAGGCAUAAAGUUGUUUCUUAAGGAAACAUGCCAGUACAUAAAUACUAUGUACAUAGUAUUUAUACUAUAAAUAAAUUAGAUUCUAUGUUAUAUUAGUGGUGCAUGUGCUCUUUGAGCAGAGAUUUUAGUAUUGUGAUGAGGUAAAAGUGGUCAUUCUAGAGGUCACUCCAUGGUCCUACCUGCGCAGGUGAGAGUCACGGUUAAGCUAGGCUCAGACUGGUCUGGAUGAGCUAGACCUGGUCCUGGCAGUAGCUGUUGCUUGAGGGGUGAUUUCAGUUUCCAUUUGCCUGAUUUGAGGGUGAAGCUGGAAAGAAGAGGUUAAGAAACAAUGUGGGGCAGCAGGCAUUGAGUACAAGCAGGUGGGCAGUAAAAGUCAGGUCUUGGGGUCUAGCAGGUGACAAAUCCAUCCUCUAGUUUUAUUCUGCUGCUAAUUCUUCAGGGGCACAGGGCAAAGGUCCAUCUUCUAUAGUUGCUUCCUGCUGGGCAUGAGGGUGGUCAUUGAAAUUGUUAGCAGAGCAGAAUUUUCCCUCAGGUUUUGAUGUGUCUGUGGGUCACCAGGUUUAACCCUUUAACCCUAAGCUGCUCCUAUCUUUGUGUUACUACCAGCUGUAAUUCUUGGCCCCCGGGCAUUCGUAGAGAAUUUUAUCAGUCAAUGAUGCAAAGUCUAAACGGCAGUCUGGGAGCAGUAGGAUUAUUAGUGGUCUCAGGAAAGGGAGAAACCAUGGAGUAUUGGGUAACACUGUUUUAAUAGCCUGCAGUCCUCAUCAGGGGAAUUUUCCUUUUUGGUUGAAAGUAUGUAGCCAGGCUGUCUGCUUGAAGAUUUUUAAAAUAUCUAUUUCCACUUCACUUGAAGUAUUAAUCCAGGUACAGAAUGAGUUCCUCCUCCUUCUGCCAAUAAGUACUGUAGGAUUAGUCAUCAUCUAGCGCUAUGUUGGCUAAAGAGUUUAGGGACAUUACUAAGUUUUCAAGGGCAUAUCCUGUGUUUUUAGCUAAGGUUCCUAUGACAUCAGUUAAUUUCCUUGCAGUGACUUUAUAACCUAUAGAACUUCCCCAAGAGGCAUCUACUCCCAACAGCCAAUCCAACAACAGCCAGAAUUAGUUCUGAGGCUUUUUUUAUCCAACGGGAAGACCGAGUAUGGGUUUUUGGUGGAGCUAGCUAGCCCUGUAUUACCAUUUUUCUUUCUUUCUUUCUUUCUUUUUUUUUUAAGAUUUUAUUUAUUUGACAGAGAUCACAAGCAGGCAGAGAGGCAGGCAAAGAGGAGGAAGCAGGCUCCCUGCUGAGCAGAGAGCCUGAUGCGGGACUCGAUCCCAGGACCCCUAGAUCAUGACCUGAGCUGAAGGCAGUGGCUUAACCCACUGAGCCACCCAGGCGCCCCUACCAUUUUUCUCUUGAGGGAGACUUCACUGUCCUCUUGAAAUAAUAAACCCAGGGGCACAUGGGUGGCUCAGUCACUUAAGAGUUGGGCUUUUGAUUGCCUCUCAGGUUAUGAUCUUAGGGUUGUGGGAGCAAGCCUCCUGUUAGGCUCAUGCUUAUCAAAAGUCUGUUUGAGAUUCUCUCCCUUUCCCUCUGCCCCUCCUCCUCUUCACUUGUGCGUUCUGUCUUCCUUUGAAAUUAAAUAGAUAAAAUCUUGGAAAAAAAUAAUAAACCCAAAGUACUGUACAGUUUCCUUAGAAAUUAGGCCUUUUCCUUGAGACUUUAUAUAUCCUGUCUGCCAGGAAAUUUAACAUGGAUAAGGUAUUUUGGUCAGAAACCUCGUGGGUGGGAGUAGCUAUCAAAGUACCAUCUACAUACCAUAAUAUAGUGCUAUUUUUCUAAACUUAAUUCUCUUAAAUCUCAUCCCAGAAUUUCCCCAGAGAUGAUGGGGGAGGUUUUUGAAACUCUGAGGUAAAACAGUCCAGCAGUACUGUUGUGUUUGGUGGGAGAGAGGAUCUUCUUGCUCAAGCAGAUAGUACUUGGAAUUCAGGAUCUAGUGGGAUGCAGAAAAAGGUAUUCUUUUGCUCUUACACAAUGUAAUAUUUACUAAGUAAGUUGGUCAGUAGAGUAAAGGGAUUGGGUAUUACAGAUUGAAUGUUUCAAGCAGCUUCAUUAAUAGAUCUGAGGCCUUGAACAAAUCUGUAUUCCUCACUUCCCAGCUUUUUAAUAGGUAAAAUUGGGGUGUUAUAUGAGAUCUACAUGACCUAAUCAAACCCCAUUUUAAGAGCCUGUUAAUUACUGGGUGGAUCCUUUGUUUAGCAUCUGGGGCUAGCAGUCUGUUUCGAUUUCACUUUUACAAAUGUGUUGUUAAUGGCAUGCCCCCACCUGCCCUCACACCCGGACUUUCGGGUUGACUUGCCUUAUGAUAUUUUGGGGGGAAUUUUCUCUUUUAAAUACUAGGAUAUGUUGUGAUAAUGACAUGAGUUCAGUUCCUUGGUACCUAGGAACUUGAAUUUCUAAUUUGUCCUAUUCUGAACUUACUGUGGACCCCAAUUUGUCUAAAGUAUCUCAUCCUAAAAGAAUAUGAGACCUUCUGGCACAUAUCAGAAAGAGUGUUUUAAGAGCUUUGAUCCUAUUUCACAAGUCAAAGGAUCCAGAAACCUUUUCAUGUCUUUUUUUCCUGAGAUUCCUUUCAUAUUACAAUUUUUGUUAGAAAGGCUACCCUUCUGGGUGUUGAGUACAGAGAAAGUAACUCCAGUAUCAAGUUAAAACUCAAACAACUUCCCUCCCACUGCCCAGGUUACUCAGGGCUUCUUGUGGGAGAUGAGAAUCUAAUGGUCCAAGACCAGUUGGGGAGCCUUGUGGCCCUAUCAUAUCUCAUCUUCAGUGAGCGACAGCCGAAAUGAUUGCGCUUUGCCCUUCUUUCUGUUCGGGAGUGGUUUGGGCAGUCCUGUUUCCAGUGCUCUUCCUGGUUACAAUGUGCACAUUGAUUGGACCCCAACUUUGUUGGUGGUCUCUCGGUCCCAUAGAGGGGGCUUGGGGCACUCACUCAUGGGUAUCAUCUUUUCCUCUCCCAGGUUACUUCACGUAGGCUGGAGAGCUCCCACUGAAAGAGCAACUUGCCUUCUCAUCUUCUGGUCUUCUUUUACAUCCUGCAUCACAUCCAGUUAUGGAACACCUUGAAAGCUAGUUCUAGAAGCUGAGCAGGGUUAGUAUCCACACUUAUGCCAAUUUUGGAGUUUCCUUUGGCUGUCCAGAACAGUUUGAGAUAUGAAAUAGGUUAUUAAGGGCCAUUCAACUACCCUGAACCUCAGGGUCCCAGUUUGUAUUUCGUCUUAGGCAAUUUUAUAGCCUUUGCAAAAAGGCUGAUGGAUUCUCAUCUGUCCUUUGUUGAAUGUCCCAUAAUUUGGACCAGGAGAUCUACUUACCUCCUUCAUAGUUUUUAAAAGAAGCCCUCAAUAAUGGCCAAAAUGUUCUCUCUCGUUGUGGGAGUUGGGAUCCCCCUCAGAGUCAGUUCUUAGCACUGCCUCCUCAUUUGGUCUCUGAGAACUUGAUCCUGGCUGAAUUUUUUUUAUCAGCUUCCUGUCUGGCCUCUGCUAACACAGUAAGCUUUUCUUCUGCCAUUAAGAGAAUGGUGAGCAAAGCUUGCAUAUCUUCCCAGACGGGUUGUAAGUAGAAAAGGUAUCCUCUAUUAAAUGUAUAAAUCAAUCAGGUCAGCCCAUAAUAACCCUUUAGUGUGUGCCUUACAGUUAUACAGGUCUGAGAUAAAAAAUGGGACAUGCACAUUAAUGAGACACCCAUCUCAAUGGCAACAUUCCCAUCCUUGGCUUAAAAUAGGUCCGUAAUCUGGUAGUGCUAUCUGACAAGGGAGGAUAAAAGGGUGCUGGAGACAUCUGAGAAGGCUUUGGGAGUGUUUGCAAAGGAUUAGAGCCUGGUAUUCAUGAAGCUGGGAUAGCUGAGGCCCAAAUAGAGAAAUAAGGCAGAGGCUUAUUACAAUCCAGUGGUUUGGAGGAGGUGGAGGAGAUGGAGAUGGAGACAAAGAUUACCUGACCCCAAGAGUACAGGACGCAUUUUUAGGGUUUUCAGUUCUACCUUCAUUUCACAAAUCUUAAACUUCCUUUGCAACCCCUCAUUUUGAUAUAAUGCCAUAAAGCACUGACCAUAUGGAAUCUCUUUCCAUUUUUCUUUCUCUUUCACAAAAUAAGCUCAACUGUAGUGUCAUAGUAAAAUUUAAAGUCCCAUUUUCUGGCCACUUCUCUUCAUCCUCUAGAGUCUAUUAUUGUGGCCACCCUGUGUUAAGGAGGAAAGUCAUCUGUUUUAGGAUUAAAGGAAGGUAGUCAAAUACUUUCCAUUUCUGGAGGCUACAGCCCAAUGGAGGCUUUCCUUCAGGGUGGAAUUGUCCCUCCCAUAAUCUGGAAUUCCUUCUUAGGGUCUCCUCUCACCCUCUCUCAAGGUAACUUUCAGUGUUAUUGGUGACACAGGUGCAGUACAGCCUUACCCACAAUACGUAUGAGACUUGUUUGACUUAAAAUCAAGCCCACAAGGAGAGUGGGUUAAUGCUAAGGUAAUCCAAGUGGGUGUGGGUAGCUGUGCCUUGAGGAGCAGUGGCGUGGUGCAUAGGUUGCCCCUCUUCCAGCCCCUCAGCGUCCACCUAGUCUUAAAGGAUUUACUUGGGGAAUGGCUCAGGGAGAAUCUGGUUUAGAUUCAGUAACUCAAAGCACACCUCUCUUUUUAAGAGGAAAAAAAAAACCAGGAACAGUGUCAGAUGUCCCCAUCAAAUGUUAACAGGUCAAACAGAUAAGAUGGAGAUAUCCUUCACCCUUGCUGAUCCCAGACUAGUCUCGUUUGGGCCACUUCCCAUCUGCCAGGCUAAAGCAUUCAGCCUCUGAAUGGCCAGCUUGUGUUAUCCUUUGCCACCAGGGAUGUCUGGACUCGACUGUAAAGAGCAUUUAAUCCCCUGCAGUGUUGAUCAGAGAGGCCCUGUUCUUAACUGACUGUCGACCUACCAGGCUUUGUGAGACAACUCAAAGAAAAUACUCUUAGAGAGUAGUGCCAUAGGAUUGGUACCAUUUAGUUCUGUGGAGAGAUUCUCAGCAAGAGGCUUGGAGUGGCCACAGUCUCUUUAAGGGAGCCGCAACACCUGUCCAGCAAAACAAGCCCCAAGAAAGGAGAUCCCCCCCCCCACCAAGAAUUCCAUCCCCCAGUCCUGGCUAAUUGAAUGGGUUAGCCCAAAAGGACUGCCGGUUCUCAAUGCUCUGUCCUUUGAAAACCAGGGCAGAACCUCAGAGGGAGAACAGUCCCAAGUGGGUUACCAAAUCUGUGAGCAAAUUGCUCACUACGUCAGGUGGGGUUGUUGCACAAAGUCAAAUUUAUUUGAAGCAAGUAAGGGGAUUGUGGGGAACUUCCAAAGCUCUGACUGUCCUAUCAAGGGUGGAUGGUUCUUUUGUUUAGGGUUAGUAUGAAUAUUUAGAUAGGGAAAUCUUGUCAUUAUAUGUAGAGGUGAGCAUGAGGUCAAGCUUAUGUCGUAAGGAAACUUGCUUAUACAUAGAGUGUAUUUUUUUUUUAAAGAUUUUAUUUAUUUAUUUGACAGAGAGAGAUCACAAGCAGGCCGAGAGGCAGAGAGAGAGGAGGAAGCAGGCUCCAUGCUGAGCAGAGAGCCCGAUGCGGGGCUCGAUCCCAGGACCCUGGGAUCAUGACCUGAGCUGAAGGCAGCAGCUUAACCCACUGAGCCACCCAGGCACCCCUACAUAGAGUGUAUAUUAAUAAGUGAGACUGGUGCUCCUUUUUGGGCAGAGAUUUUAUGAGGUAGAGUGGCUGUUGGUCAUUCCAGAGGUUGCUCCAUGGUGCAUCUGCACAGGUGAAAGUAGGAGGUUAAGCUCCAACUGGUCUGGGUGGUCUGGGCUGGCUGGAGGUUUUGUCAGGGCAGUGGCCUGAAGGGUGGCUUCAGUUUCAGUUUGUCUAAGUUAAGAGAUAAGCCAGAAAGAAGAGCUGAAGGACAAAUGUGACAGAGGUGGGUACAAGCAGGCGUGGAGGUCAGGUUUUGGGAUCUAGUUGGAUUCACCACCACAUCAGACCCCUAACUGCCAUGUUUAACUCUUUAUAUUUAAUGUUAUUACUGACUUGGUUAUAUUUAUGCCCACCAUUUUGCUAUACUUUUCCUUGUGUAUUUCAUAUCUUUUUUGUUCUUUUGUUUGUCCCUUUACUGCCUUCUUUUGUAUUAAGUGGAUAUUCUUUAGAUUUUCCUUUGAUGAAUUUAAGUAAAUUGUUUUAGAACAGUUUCUAGAUUUAUAGACUUAAGAUCAGUAUAAUGCAGAGAUUCUGUUAGAGGCAAUUAGCCGGGUUCUAACAGGAAGUUGGGAGGCCAUCCACAAAGAAGUCAUAGGCAGCUAUGGGGAAAGUUGGGGGCCUGAGCUGGAAUCACUCCAAAACAAAGCUACAAGAAAGCUAGAUUCAAUCAAGAUAGGUCCGUGAAGUUGUAUCUUCACACAUCUUCAUGCUUCUUUAAGAAAAGCAGAAAAUGAACAAACCCCAGGGGUCACUGUCAUUUGGAGAUGUGACUGUGGACUUCUCCCAGGAAGAGUGGCAGCACCUGGACCUUGCUCAGAGGACCCUGUACAGGGAUGUGAUGCUGGAGAACUACCACAACUUUGUCUCAGUGGGGUAUCCCAUUAAAAAGCCAGAUGUGAUCUUCAAGUUGGAAGAAGGAAAGGAGCCAUGGAUAUUAGAGGAAGAAUUUCUAUACCAGAACUACCCAGAAGACAGCAGAGAUUAUUACGUAGCAGAGAGAAUCCAGAAAAACAAAGACAAAUACUUGCCGCAAGUUUUAUUCAACAACAAAAAAGUGACCUUAGAGAAAGUUUAUGCUUUAAGGAAAUCAUCUAAUAAAAGUACAGAUUUUAUUCCUUCAAGAAAAAUACCCUGUAAACAUGACUUACAUGGAAUGAAUUUGAAAAAUAUUUUAGUAUCAAUUGGUAGUAAUAGAUAUUCUUCAAGGAGAAGGCCUCACAUGUUAAAUGUGUAUGAGCAGUUACUUGAUAUAAAGCAGGAAAAACCUCAUACUCAAGAGAGUUCUCAUGAAAAUAAUCAAUAUGAGAAAGCCCUUGGUCAUAAGAAUGGUAUUAUUCAGCAUAUAAAUACACAGUCUUCAGAGAAGACAUUAAAAUAUGAUGAUGGAAAAUCCUUAGGAAAAAAGACCACAAUAAUUCCACACAGGCAAAUUGACACAGGAGAGAAACUCUGUGAAUAUAAUGGACAUGGAGAAACCUGUGAGAGGUCAUCUCUUUUGGAAUGUCAUGGAGUUUCCUUUGAAAUGAAACAAUGCAAAGGCAAUCAAAUUGAAAAUAAUUUCAGCAGGAUGUCACAUGUUACUCAAGUUCAGAAAAAAAAGAGAUGUGAGGGUCUAUUCAAAUGUAGUGAAUGUGGGAAAACAUUCAACUACAAGUCAAACCUCACAGUGCAUCAGAAAACACAUAUGGGAGAGAAACCCCAUGAAUUUAAUUCAUGUGGGAAAACGAGUCCUAAGUCACCCCUCACAGACCAUCAGUUAGCACAUAUAGGGGAGAAACUUUAUAAAUGUAGUGAAUGUGGGAAGUCCUUUUGCAAGAAGUCAUCUCUUACUCGACAUGAGGAAACAUACACAGGGAGGAAACCCCAUGAAUGCAAUGAUUGUGGAAAAACUUUCUGCAAGAAGUCAGCCUUCACUCAACAUCAGAGAACUCAUACAGGAGAGAAGCACUUCCAACAUAAUGAAUGCAGUAAGACCUUCCAUCGCCAGUCAGACAUUAAGGUACAUCAGAGAAUUUACACAGGAGAGAAACGCUUCCAAUGUAAUGAAUGUGGCAAGACUUUCCAUUGGCAGUCAGACAUUAAGCUACAUCAGAGAAUUCAUACAGGAGAGAAACCCUUUCAGUGUAGCAAAUGUGGUAAAACUUUCUAUCGUCAGUCAGAUGUUAAUGCACAUCAGAGAAUUCACACGGGAGAGAAACGCUUUCAAUGUAAUGAAUGUGGUAAGACUUUUUAUUGGCAAUCAGACGUUCAUGCACAUCAAAGAACUCACACAGGAGAAAAACCCUUUCGGUGUAAUGAAUGUGGUAAAUCUUUCCAUCGGCAGUCGGAUGUUAAUGUUCAUCAGAGAACUCACACAGGAGAGAGACGCUUUCAAUGUAAGGAAUGUGGUAAAACUUUCUAUCGUCAGUCAGAUGUUAAUGCACAUCAGAGGAUUCACACAGGACAGAAACCCUUUCAAUGUAAUGAAUGUGGUAAAACUUUCUAUCGUCAGUCAGACGUUAAUGUGCAUCAGAGAACUCACACAGGAGAGAAACGCUUUCGAUGUAAUGAAUGUGGUAAAACUUUCUAUCGGCAGUCAGAAGUUAAUGUUCAUCAGAGAACUCACACAGGAGAGAAGCCCUUUCAAUGUAAUGAGUGUGGUAAAACUUUUUAUCGGCAGUCAGAUGUUAAUGCACAUCAGAGAAUUCACACAGGAGAGAAACCUUAUAAAUGUAAUGAAUGUGGGAAAUCCUUUUAUGAGAAAUCAUCCCUCACUCGACAUGAGAGAACUCACACAGGGGAAAAGCCCUAUGAAUGUAAUGAAUGUAGGAGAACCUUCUGCCAGAAGUCAGCCCUCACUCAACAUCAGAGAACUCACACAGGAGAUAGACCCUUUCGAUGUAAUGUAUGUGGUAAAACUUACCGUCAUCUGUCAGCCAUUAAUGUACAUCAGAGAAUUCACACAGGAGAGAAGCCCUUUCAGUGUCAUGAAUGUGAGAAAUCUUUUCUUACAAAGUCGACUCUUAUUAAUCAUCAGAGAACUCACACAGGAGAAAAACCCUUUGAAUGUAACGAGUGUGGGAAGAGUUUUCGUCAUAAAUCUACCCUCACUACCCAUCUGAGAAUUCACUCAGGAGAGAAACCUUAUAAAUGCUGUGAAUGUGGAAAAACUUUUGGCCGGAAAUCAGCCCUUACUAAUCAUCAAGGAAUUCACCUAGGGUAGAAACUCUGUAGCAAAAACUUGCUGGGUUUUUCCUCAUACCCAUUUUUCUUUGUGGUUACCUACUAGUCAAGAUUUUCUGGCUUUCCAUUCACAUGAGGCCAUGUGACCUCUGCCAUAAAUUCCAAGCCUAUAAAGGACCUUGCUUGAAAUUUUUCCUACUUCCAUUUUUCUUUCCGUAUCAAAGGGUAUGGGGAUCAUCCUCAGGGUACUUGGGAGCUAAUCAUUAGAGAUUAUAGAUUCACAGGUUUGAAGAAACCAGUGUCCUGGGCAGAGUUCUGCCUUCUCUAACAUCCCUUGUAAGUCUUCUCAUGAACCAGAAAUUUCAGAUUUGUUCAGACCUUACACAUUUAGGGCUUUUUGUUGUCAUAGUAUAUCCUAGCCAUCCCUUACUUCAUAUACCCUGUGAAUCUAAUGAAGGCAUGAGAAACACUCUGUCAGAGAAUUCAUUAGGGGGGAAAUAUCUCAGUAUUCUGCAUCUUAAUAAACUUUGAUGAACAAGUCAAGCAUUUUGUAAAUCAGAAGUUUACAAAUUGAGACACCCUAAAAUGAAAUGAAUGUAGGAAAAUUUUCACAAUCUGCUUCUGAUUGGCCAUCAUAUAAUUGAGAAUAGAAGCUAAUAACUUGAAAAACACUUCAAAAUUUAUCAGAGAAUGCGUAACAAAGGAAAAUUGUCAGUUUAGGAAGUGAGGAAAACAUCCUUGUCUAGAAAUAAUCUUAUUCUAGAAGCAAUACUGCUAAUUGCUUAGAAGUAUUACAAUCUACUUAGAAGUAGAGCAAUACUCUAAUACAUCCAAUUUGGAUGCAAUACUAAAUAAUCUUAUUAAUAAUCUACUGUGGGAUAUUUAUUUGACCACAAUGGUCAACAUGUGGCUUUGAGACUGCACAAGUGGGUUGAGACAUCAAAGUAACAGUACUGUGUAUGUGACUAAAAUAGCAGCACUUUGUAAACAUCAGCACUAAGUGUAUAUAUGAAUAAAGUAAUAGCACUAAGUAUAUGUGUGAAUAUGUAAACAAAGUAACAGGACUAAGUGUCUCUGUGAAUAAAGUAACAGCAUUAUGUGUUUAGGUGAAUAAUAAGCCUCUGAGCUUAAUCAGGCUUAAACAUAUGAGUGUGACCUUCAAUGCCUACAUUCUGUAUGCUUGAUUUUUCUUUUAAGUUCCCAAAUAGUUAUAGUAGGAACAACGCACUCCUACCUAAGUAAUUUUUGUGACAUACAAUGUGUUUUCUGACACCAACUGGUAUUGUCCCAUCACAUACUUUUACCACAAUAUUUAUUUUUAAAAGAAACAUUGAAUGAGUGAAAUACUACAUGUCGUGUAUGUUUUCUGCUUUCUGAUGGCACAUGUAAAUCAGUACAGGCAUUGUUAACAAACCGUUCUUUUAGAAAAUAAGUCAAAUAAUGACUGAUAAAAUCAAGAUUUACUUGAUGUAUACAGUGAUUCAGUACAAAUUUAAAAUACAGACCUGAAAUUUUCAACACUGGUCUUGAACGUUAGGUACUUAUUAUACUGUACAGAUUGAAAGCAGUGCCCACUGAAGAAAUUUUCCCCACUUUAUAUUUGUGUUAUGUCCAAAGAAUACUUAUAUAAGUUUUAAGAGUGAGGUUCAAAUUUUAUGUGAGCAAAGAACUGUCUGCAUUUGUAUUUAGUGUGAUAGAAUGACACGUUUCCUCCUACAGUUAUGUGGUCUUUUCAGACAAGCCGUUCUGUGUGUCCCUUACUAUUUGAGUGACCUAUGUAGUGAUUUAAUCUCUGCCUCAAUUUCCUCAUCUACAAAAUGGAGAUAAUAUUAUCUACCUCACAGAUACUGAACGGUUAGGGUCAGAGUUUUCUGUUAUUAGAGCUAAAGGCAUUUAUGUUUAAAACUUGAACAUUAGAAAUAAAAUGGUCUGUCAUCCUGCAGUAUGAAA